CCAAACCCCUUUAGAUCCGUUCCCAUGAGUCUUACCCAGGUUUUUGUCUGUCUCCCUUAGAAAGCUGAAGCAUGUCUUUAACUUUGAAAUGCAAUUCUUUGUGGACCCCACUUUGAGGGGCUGCUGGGGUUUGCAUCUGAUUAUAAGCCUAAAAGCAAAGGGAGCUCAUAGAGAAGACUUGAGGUGUGUCAGUGCUGUUCUGCAUGACUGCCUCGUGAGAGGCCAUCAGAGUUUCCUCAGGAAGGCAAGGUGAGUGCCCUCAGACAGAGUAGAAAUAGCUCUUCCACCAAGGGUGAAGACAGUGUUCAUCCUUUGCAAUAGGAUUCUGGGAACCAGGAAAAAUGACCAAUCACAUUCAUGCACAAGAAACUGCAUUUGGGCAAGGGAAAUAAGUGAUUCUGCUUCUAAAAGCAGCAUCUCUCAUGUGUGGCAUCAGGGUAGAACACUAUACCAGGCUUUUCUUUGGUUCACAGGUCUGUUCUCUUCCUUUUCCCCCUCAGCAAGUGAUGGCUGCUUGGAAAUUUUUAUAAAGGAAAUAAUUGCCUUUCUGGAGAUGAAGAGCUUCUAGUCAAAAUGAUCCGGCAAGAAACCACUGCCCUCCCCAGCCCCAAAGAGGCAGUCCCCACCCUGCCCUGGCCCAGGCUGCACUCAACCUACUCUACUGCACUGCCAUCCUCCAGGACAACCAUGUGGCUGGCCAAAGUGCUACUCGCCUUCUUCUGCCUUGCUUCGAGCACCUACGGGCACUUAACCCCAGAUUUCUGCUCCCAGGUCCUUAACUCAGAAUUGAAGCCAGAAUUUCCCAAAUUAAUAAGGACCAGUGAUCCAGGAGUCCUCAAAGCAGCCAGGCACAGUGCACAUCAGUUCAACAAUUGCACAAAUGACCUCUUCUUGUUCAAAGAGUUCCGAGUCAGCAGAGCUCUGGUACAGAUGCAGGGUGGGGGUCUGAUCGCAAAAGGCCUGAAAUACAUGCUGAAGCUGGAAGUCAGUAGAACUACGUGCCAGAAAGCCAGUUCUCCAUCUCUGGACAGCUGUAACUUCCAAACCAACCCCACCCUGAAGUGGGUUCUGAACUGCUACUCUGAAGUCUGGGAUGUUCCCUGGCUGGAGAGCUUCGAGGUGCCUGUUCUCUACUGUCACUGACUUCCUUCUGCCUCCUCAGCGAGACCUCGGCUUCAACAAACAUAUGACGUGUGUGAGCUUGUCCUUACCUGCAGCCACAGCCCGUGCCCAGCUGUCAGAGACCCUCUCUGUCCUUUUCCCAAGUGGGCAGAUGGAGGUGCCAGAGGGCCAUACAUAGUGGUUGAGAUGAGAGAAUGAUAGCGUCUCUUAACAAGAUUAAAUAUAUCACAUUUUCUUCUAAAAUUAAUUUUUCUGAUGCUGUGGGUCUGGGCAUAUAGGGCAUUGCUAGAGUAGGGGACAGGGUAGAGCAGAUGGAGGGCAACCUGAGAGCCAGUGGGCAUCCUCGCUGCCUUGACUCCAUGAGAGCCCUACAUCCUCUUAGUCUCUUGAAUAGUAUCACAACACUGGGGGGAGGGGGUGUGGACAGGUAAGCCA